UGAUAAAUCAAAAUCUGAAAAAUCAUCAACAUCUAAACAGCAAAUUUCCGAAAAUGGACAUUACCCGCCACUAUCUUUGCAAGACAUGUUUGCGAAUGAACCUUCCGAUCCCGGAAGUGAUGAUUUGACCUUAGAAUCAACACGGUCACCAGAGAGGGAACACGACUAAAUUUUAGGUGGGAACAAUGCACCUGGAUUUUCUACUCAAGAAAUUAAAGUCGUCGAAGGUGCUUCUCCAACGCAAUUUCAAAACACCUUAGAUAUCAUACUUGAACAAAACGUUCAAAUUCUAGCUCAACAAGAGUUAAUUCUUAAGGAACUCUCCAAAAAUAGAAUUGAAUCUGAAAACAAACUCUCAGAAAAUUUCUUAACACCUCUUGCAGGAUUCCCUAUUGAUACAGUUGAACAAUUUGAAGAGUUAAACUCUAAUGAAACGAAAGACGUUCGUAUGAGAAUUUAUAAUCACCUAAUCAAUAUGGGAGGUGUAACUUUGAGACAAUUUUUGGCUAACUCUUUAAAGCAGAUAAUGACAGAUAAUCUGGUUUGCUCUUUCACUUGGAAUAAAGGAAGUGAUACUUUGGCAUUCGGCAAUACAAAGGUUUCAAAUGUGCUAUUUCAAUCUGCCAAAAAAUGCAUAAACUUCGAGGGUCCUGCAAAUAAACAGAUUUUUAAAGAUCACAUGUUAGAAGUUCUGCGACACACGAAACAAAGACAUCGAAAACGUCUCCGCAAAAAUAGACCUGAAAAUGGUGUUGGUGAUGAAGAUGAUGAUUUGACUGCUGUAGAACAGGAAAUUGCAAGAUUAGAAGCCGAGCGUUAUUCUAACUAUGAUGCCAGUUCUGAAAAUGAGGACGAAUCAUACGACGAUUCGGGAUCUGAUGAAAAUGAUAGCUACACAGACGAAGAGCAAAAUUAAGUUUGUAAGAAACAAGCAAAAGCUGAUUUUACACACACAGAAACAUUCCUUUAGAUAAUCGAAACGUAUUAUUAUUAUUAUUACUUCACUUAGUUUUAAAAUUUUGUACUUCUUGUAAUGUUUUUUCUCUCAGGUAAAGAGAAUCUGUGAUAUAUAGAAUGUGUAUCAUCGCAUAUACGCCAAAAGUCAACGUAUUUUGCAAAACAUUUGUUUUACUUACUUCAUUAUUAUAUUUCAUUACUUAUAAUAUUUCUGUACACCCUUGUCAUAGACUUACAGGAUACAGUUAGAAAAGACUGAACAAUAAUAUAUAAGUAUAAUAUUGUAUAGGGUGUCUACAACACUUAAAAAACCCUAAGUCCUAAGGCAAAUGAGAAACUAAAUGUUUUAAUUUGUUUCAUAUGAAUUAAUUGGUUUUUUAUUUAUUUAAACAUUUAUUUUUCAUUCUAACAUUACAUUUGUUAAAAAAAGCGUGAAUUUUAUGUUACUUAU